CUCCCGUGGCGUGUGCACGUUCAGUCAGCGACUGACUCGUUCAAUAGUAUUUCCGUCUGUCAGUGACUUCCUGACAACUGUAGCUAAAAUAUGUCUAAGUUAGAGCAGAUCCUUGUUCUCGAUCCUCCGUCUGACCUCAGAUUUAAAGGUCCUUUUACAGAUGUCAUCACCACCAACCUGAAGCUGAAGAACCCGUCUGAUAGAAGAGUAUGUUUCAAAGUGAAGACCACAGCUCCUAGGAGAUACUGUGUACGGCCCAACAGCGGCAUCAUAGAUGCAGGCGCCACCGUCACCAUCUCUGUAAUGCUCCAGCCCUUUGACUACGACCCCAACGAGAAGAGUAAACACAAAUUCAUGGUGCAGAGUAUCUUUGCUCCUCCUAAUGAGUCUGAACUCGAUGCUAUGUGGAAAGAUGCGAAACCCGACGACCUCAUGGAUUCCAAGCUGAGAUGUGUAUUCGACCUGCCUCCUGAAAACGGUAGAGUGAAUGACAUGGAAGGGAGCACCGUGCAGAACUCGUCCAAGGCGGCGCCCGUGCAGAACUCGUCCAAGGCGGCGGAUGUUCCCGUGGCGAAGGCGGCGGCGAAGACUGUCAGCGCCUCGAUGGACGACUCGGAGAUGAAGAAACUAUCAGAGGAGUGCAGGAGACUGCAGGCUGACAUGGGCAAACUGACCGAGGAGAACAGACAACUCAAGGACGACGGUGUUAGAAUGAGAAGGGCUGCCCAGCAUUCCGAUCACAUGACAUCAAAUCAGACAGGCUCCUCCUCCUCCAUGAUGCAACACACCACCGCAGCGUCCCUGCCCUCCCUCCUUGUCGUCAUAGCAGCCAUCUUCAUCGGCUUCUUCAUGGGGAAGUUUAUCUUGUAGACCGGGGUUGGCUCUGAAAUGGCACCCCAUUCCCUUGACCAGGGCCCUAAUGCGGAUGAGUCCCAUAGGGCUCUGGUCAAACGGUAGUGCACUACAUGGGGAAUAGGGUGCCAUUUGGGAUGUUGCGUUCUGAGAGACGCCUGCCGUAUCCCACGACAAUCCCACUGCUCCGGAAUCAAAAGGCCUGGAUGGAACUGACUAACGAAGAUGUAUUUCUGUUGACUUAGACAUAUCAGAAGUAGUGCUGUGAACCUCCAUUUGUCUGCAGUGACCAUGUCUGUCUGGUCUCUCUGUCUGUCUGGUCACACACACACACACACAGAGGGAAGGGAGAAAGAAAGAUUGCUCCUUGUUUUUGUUCUUUGAUGGAUGGACAGACAGGAUUGUGGAGGGGUAUCAUGGUUAUAUCCUAAAUAACACCCUAUUCCCUAUAUAGUGCACUACUUUAGACCAAAGCCCUGUAAUGCCCUAGGUACCCUGGUAAAAAGUUAGUGCACUAAAAAUGGAAUAGGCUGCUAUUUAGGACAUACAGGAAGAAGUACACUACCAAUCAACAUGGAGGACAGUUUACCUUGCAUCCCAAACGGCACACUAUCCCCUAUGUAGUGCACUACUUUUGAUAAGAGACAAUACUAAUUGAGCCCAGCUCUACAGUAGUCUGGUCCUAACCUCCAGUCCUCAGUCCCAGGCCAGGAUAUAGUAGCCUGGUCCUAACCUCCAGUCCUCAAGUCCCAGGAUAUAGUAGCCUGGUCCUAACCUCCAGUCCUCAGUCCCAGGAUAUAGUAGCCUGGUCCUAACCUCCAGUCCUCAGUCCCAGGAUAUAGUAGCCUGGUCCUAACCUCCAGUCCUCAGUCCCAGGAUAUAGUAGCCUGGUCCUAACCUCCAGUCCUCAGCCCCAGGCCAGGAUAUAGUAGCCUGGUCCUAACCUCCAGUCCUCAAUCCCAGGCCAGGAUAUAGUAGCCUGGUCCUAAUAUCCAGUCCUCAGUCCCAGGCCAGGAUAUAGUAGCCUGGUCCUAACCUCCAGUCCUCAGCCCCAGGCCAGGAUAUAGUAGCCUGGUCCUAACCUCCAGUCCUCAGUCUCAGGAUAUAGUAGCCUGGUCCUAACCUCCAGUCCUCAGUCUCAGGAUAUAGUAGCCUGGUCCUAACCUCCAGUCCUCAGUCCCAGGAUAUAGUAGCCUGGUCCUAACCUCCAGUCCUCAGUCCCAGGCCAGGAUAUAGUAGCCUGGUCCUAACCUCCAGUCCUCAGUCCCAGGCCAGGAUAUAGUAGCCUGGUCCUAACCUCCAGUCCUCAGUCCCAGGCCAGGAUAUAGUAGCCUGGUCCUAACCUCCAGUCCUCAGUCUCAGGAUAUAGUAGCCUGGUCCUAACCUCCAGUCCUCAGUCCCAGGCCAGGAUAUAGUAGCCUGGUCCUAACCUCCAGUCCUCAGUCCCAGGCCAGGAUAUAGUAGCCUGGUCCCAGAUCUGUUUGCGCUGUCUGGUUCUGGUCAAAAGUAGUGCCCUAGGGAGUAGGGUAAUCAUUUGACUCCUAGAGUCGCCGUGGGCCUAAAGCAGUGGAAUAAACCAAGUGUUCUCUGUCUGUUGUGUUUAAUAGUAGUUAAAUGGAACACCUAAGUGUCUUUUGUAAAUGUUAUUUUAAUAUAAAAAGGAGAGCACUACUUCUUCAAUCGUCAAAUACCGACCACCUUCACUACCUGUUGCAUGGCAUCCCGUUUCGUUUUAUAGUGUGCUACUCGUGACCAGAGCACUAUGGACCCUAGUCAAAAGUAGUGCACUACACAGGGACGCGGCCAUAGACUACUUCAUUUGUUCUGUUUGUAAUUUCUCUACUUUCUAUUCCAUCUGGGAAAUAAUAGGUGCCUCCUUCCUUCCUGUCCUUUUCCACCUGUCCUUUCCUUCCUCCCUUUUCUACCUGUCCUUUUCUACCUGUCCUUUCUCCCUUUUCUACCUUUCCUCCCUGUCCUUUCCUACUCCUGACAAUACCAAUGUAGACUUUAUAUUAUUUUUCUCAGUACAAAUCAUAUUAUAAUCCUUCUUUCCUUGUUGAGUCAAAUGACUUUUGAGUUUCAACCCUCCCAUGGUUUUACACCGAAGAAAUAAAACCGAAAACAAUGUGGGUUUUGAUAGUG